ACCACAGCCCUGGACGAUGCCAGGCAAUCUAGAGAUGUAUGUAGCCUGGCACGUCGGAUUUUUUUGGUUUGUUUUGCUGUCCGGGGAUGGGGUAACGACCUACUACUAUAUACCUAGCCUAAUGCUCCCCGAAGGCGGGGGUUUCACCACUGCAGAUCUCUUAGUUGGGGGGGUACAUAGAGUAUGUACGGCGAGUGGGAGAAGGUGCAAACAACGUCAACAUACAUACCUGGGCGGAUACGGGAUAUUGGAUAUGGGAUAUGGGGGGAGGGGGAGUUAUUUCGGAGUGCUGGAUGGGAAAGCCGGCUUCGAGAGAUGGUGGUGGUGGUGGUGGUUGUGGCGGUGACCGUGGUGACCGUGGUGAUAGAAACCGGUGAAGGCCGCCAGGAGUAAGCACUUGGCUGGAG